AUGAGUAGACAAGAAAAUACCACAAAUGUAUCUGGUUUCAUACUGGUGGGGUUUGAUGAGACUCAAGAAUUUCAUGUCUUAAUUUUUUCAGUGUUGCUGUCUCUCUAUAUAAUCACCUUAAUAACAAAUAGCUUGAUUAUCCUGUUAGUAAAAUCUGAUCCUAUGCUUAACACACCAAUGUAUUUUUUCCUUAUGCAUCUGGCCUACUUAGAAGCUUGCUAUAUGUCAGUUAUAAUCCCCAAGCUACUGGAGAAUUUAUUGGUGAAUCCUGCAGUUAUUUCCUUUUGGGGAUGUGCCAUGCAGAUGUUCUUUUUCCUGUUUUUUGGUGUUGCUGAGUGCUUUCUUCUAGCUGUAAUGGCAUUUGACCGGUACAUUGCAAUAUGUCACCCUUUGCGCUACACAACCAUUAUGAACAGGAGUGUUUGCUGGAAAAUGGUAACUGGUUCAUACAUAUGUGGGAUUGUAGUUGGGCUGGUCCACACCACUGUCACAUUUCAUUUGCCAUUUUGUGGUGUGAUUGUCGACCACAUCUUCUGUGAGAUACAACCACUGUUGGAAUUGGUCUGUGGAGACACUUUCUUAAAUGAAGUCCAAGUAAUAGGAGUGGCUAUGAUGGCUAUCAUGCUACCAUUCCUGCUGAUCAUCCUUUCUUACAUUGGCAUUAUUUUCACUAUCAUUAGAAUGCCAGUUUUGGAGAGCAGAUACAAAGCCUUCUCCACCUGUUCCUCACAUUUAAUAGUGGUCACACUUUUCUAUGGCACAGCUAGCUCCAUGUAUUUAAAACCCAAAUCCAGCUACUCUCCAUCAGUGGACAAGCUUUUAUCAUUUUCCUACACAGUUGUAACUCCUCUGUUAAAUCCAAUUAUCUAUAGUCUCAGAAACAAGGAAAUCCAGGGAUCCAUGAGAAAGCUGUGGAAGAAAAUUAUUUGGUUGUGA